ACCUUCGGCGAUACUUCGAGGAGCCUCCGUACUCGCAGUCGGUGCCCCUCGGGAAGCACGUGGAGCUGCGCUGCCUCCCCCCCGACGGCCGCCCGCCGCCCGCCACCACUUGGCUCAGGAACAACGUGCCCAUCAGCCUCGAGGACAACCCGAGUUACAAGAUAUCCUCGGAGGGUUCCUUGCUCAUCCUGUCAGCCCGGCCGGAAAACUCGGCUAAUUACACCUGCGUCGCCGAGAACGUGGCCGCGAAGAGGGUUUCGGAGACGGCCAGACUCAAGGGCAGCAACCGAUGCGGCCGCGGCGUGCAGCGACGCACCCGCACGUGCUCCGCCCCGGCGCCCAUGCACGGCGGCGCGGCGUGCAUCGGGACCGCCGUGCAGAAGGCCGACUGCUCCCACUUGUGCCCUGCACGUGCGGACCCGACUGUCGUCACCACCGGCAGCGGGUGUGCUCGGCGCCCCCCCCUCAGCACGGCGGACGAUACUGCUCUGGCGAGGACAUCGACUCGAGCAAUUGCACCGGGGGCAUGUGUCGCAACGGUCGAGGAUCCUCCGUCAGGAUGUACGGUGACAAGAGUGCUACAGAAGAAGCGACGGCCGCCGCGGUGCAACAGGACAUCACCCUGAUCGUGGUGCUGGCGGUGCUGGUGCCCCUCGUGCUGCUCCUGCUGGUGGUCGUCUUCAGGAAGUUCAACAGGAAGGACCGGCAGGAUGGGCCCAUGUACGAGAUCGCGGCGUCGGAUUACCCGAUGCCCUUCUACUCCGACACGGCCAAGAAGCUGAAGGGCCUGGCGCCGGACCUGACGCAGGGCGUGGGCAUGGCGCCGCUCCCGCCCACGGCCCUCCCGCCCUGCUACGACCACGCCUACAGCGACCCCGCGUCCGUGUCGAGCGGCCACAAGUCGAGCGUGGGCGUGGUGGGCUCCAUGUACGAGGAGCACUACUCGGCGCCCGCCAGCGGAGGAGGCCCCUCGGGCAGCGCCACGCCCGCCUCCGAGCACCACUAUGACGUGCCCCACCUGCGCCCCUCGCACGACUCGCCCGCGCCCUCCGAGGCGUGCCACCUGCUGCCGUCGCGCGCCCUCGCCACGCCCACGCUCGACGGCAGCGUGGGCAGCCGCUGCCUCGACUCGCCCAUGUCCUCGCUGGAGAAGCCCCCCCGCAGCGACUCCCCCGCGUCCCUCUCCAGCAACGCCACCUCCAGUUCCCGGCCGACCUCCGCGUCCGACGGUGGGCGUGAGAGCCAGCCGCCCAAGGAGCUGCUGAGCGCCGACGGAGCCGCGUGGGGCGUGAUGACGGCGGCGGGCGGGCGUCUGGUGGUGGGCGAAUACGGCGUGGUGCUCACGGUUCCCGAGGGCGCGCUGCCCCCGGAGGCGCGCCAGCAGAUGUACAUCGGCGUCAUGCCCAACGCGCACGUGCCCAAGCUCACCGAUAGGCAGACGCUGCUGAGCCCCGUGGUGAGCUGCGGCCCCACCAGCGUGAACCUCCUGAAGCCGGCCGUGCUGUCGUUCGAGCACUGCGCCUCCCUGCAGCACGCUGCCUGGCAGAUCCACGUGUUCGCCUCGCCGGCCCCGCCCCCCGUCGGCACCGUCUCGUCCGCCUCGUCAGCGUCCACGUCGAGCUUCUUCGGCGACGAGCCCUGGGCGCGCCUCAUCACCAUCGGCGAGGAGCGCAUCGACACGCCCGUCUUCACGCAGCUCGACGGCGCGCAGGUGCACAUGAUGACGGAGUCGCUGCGGCAGUUCGUGCUGGUGGGCGAGAGCGCGGGCUCCAACGCCGCCGUCAAGCAGGUCAAAGUGGUGGCGGCCGCCCCCCCGCCCACCCCGUCAGGCACGCUCACCGUCACCAUUCACGUCAUGCAAGACACCACCGCCGCGCUCGCCUACGUGACCUCGAAGGAGCGGCGUCGCGGGGCUUCCCUGCUGGACAAGCCAAAGAUGUUGUUGCUACAGGACUGCGGUGCUAACCUCUGCCUCACCUUGGAUGACCUGGCUCCCGGCUGGCGCAUCCGGCCGGGUCAGCAUUAUCAGGAAAUUUCGUUCGAAGCCAUCUGGGGCGCGAAGAGCGAGACGGUGAGCACGACCUUCACCCUGGAACGCAGCGAGGGCACGGCAGCCGCCCUCGCCUGCAGGGUGGUGGCGCAGCAGAAGGGGUCGUCGGCGCACCGCCAGCUCAUCAGGAUCAAUUCCGACUUCCCUUACGCGCCCGUCACGGCGUCGCCCGCCCACAUGGCCCCGAGGACCUCCACAGUGACGUCAAGUAGCGGAUGCUCGUCCCUCGUGACGCUGACGCCGGAGCCCGGGGCGUUCCGUCUGCCGCAGCGCCUCCGGUGGGAGCUGUGCCGGUGUCUGGACCCACCCAACGCCCGCGGGAACGACUGGAGGAUGCUGGCAGCCAGGCUCAACGUGGAUAGGUACUUGAACUACUUCGCCUGCAAGUCCAGCCCGACGGAGCACAUCCUGGACCUGUGGGAGGCGCGACACCGGGAGCCCACCGCCCUAACGGAUCUCCUCAACGUCCUCCGGGUGAUGGGGCGGCCCGACGCUGCCCACAUCCUGGAGAGCCACGCCGGUGCCUGGAUCUGAGGGCGGGAGACGACGACGCCCUUGAAGUCGAUCAUGAAGAAGAGGGGCCUCGACUCCGCCGCCGUCGCCGUGGGUCGCGUUUCUUUCGGAUGUCGAAGACUUUAUUGAGUGUUUUUUGCGUUUUCUUUUCUGGAAACGAGUUGGAACCUUCUUUCGGUGAAAAUAACCAGGACGCUUAUGGUUUAGAAAACUGUGCUAUCUUGUGCUCCCUACAUCGUUAUAUCAAACGGAUGAUAUACACGUAUAAGUUGACAAUUCUUUUUUCACAUUAGUUAUCCUAUAAAUAAAAAGCUUUCUUGUGCAUGUUU